CGGGCGGCCGGAGCCGGGCAGGGGGCCGGCUCUGCCUCCCCCUCCCUCCAAUGGCGAGGCCGCCCCCGGCCCCCGGCCCCUCCUCGCCGUGACGUGCCGGCCCGGGGCAGAGGAGGCUCCCGAGCCCUUGGCUGUCCCUGCAGAAGCUGUAACAAAACGCAGACCCCCAGCGCCGGGCUAAUGGAGGCAACUUAGACAGGAGCAGGCGCGGCCCCUCGUCUCUCGGCGCUGCCUGCUCCCCCCGCACCGGGCGCGGCGCUCCCCGCCGAGCCGCAGCCCGAGCGCCGCCGGGCCCGCGGGACUCCCCGGCCGCUUGCUUCGCUGCCCCGAUGAUGUUACCGAGCCCCGUCACCUCCACCCCCUUCUCUGUCAAAGACAUCCUCAACCUGGAGCAGCAGCAGCAGGACCCGCACUAUGGGGCCCAGCUCCCGCACCACCUGGAGCACCACUUCCACCCCGCCGCCUGCCUGCUGGCGGCCGCCGACGGCGCCCGCUUCUCCGACGGCGAGGAGGAAGAGGAGGAGGACAAGCUGUCCUACCUGACAGCGCCCGGCGGCCAGGCGGACGCGCGGAUCUCCACCGACAGCUACGUGCACGCCGUGCUGCGCGGCUCCUGCGAGGCCCCCGGCCCGGGAGAGGAGCUGGACCCCGCGGCCCGCGACCCGAAGAGCUGCGCCCUGAAGAAGCCGCUGGACGCGGCGGAGAAGCCGGACGAGGCGGAGAGGCCGAAGCAGCGGAGCCGGAGGAAGCCGCGCGUCCUCUUCUCGCAGGCGCAGGUCUUCGAGCUGGAGCGGCGCUUCAAGCAGCAGCGUUACCUGUCGGCGCCCGAGCGGGAGCACCUGGCCAGCAGCCUCAAGCUCACCUCCACGCAGGUGAAGAUCUGGUUCCAGAACCGGCGCUACAAGUGCAAGCGGCAGCGGCAGGACAAGUCGCUGGAGCUGGGCGGCCCCGCGGCCCCGCCGCCGCCGCGCAGGGUGGCCGUGCCCGUGCUGGUCCGCGACGGCAAGCCGUGCCUCGGCGGCUCGCAGGGCUACAGCUCGGCGUACAACGGGCCCUACUCCUACAACGGCUUCCCCGCCUACGGCUACGGCAACGCCGCCUCCUACAACCCCGGCUACGGCUGCACCUACCCGGCGGGCACCGGCGGCGCCUCCGUGCAGGCCGCCUGCAGCCCGGCGGCGGCCGCCGGCCCCUUCGUGAACGUGGGCGGCCUGGGGGGCUUCGGCGGCGGCGGCCAGCCCCUGCACCAGGCGGCGGCGGGGCCGUCCUGCAGCCAGGGCGCACUGCAGGGCAUCCGGGCCUGGUAGCCCGCACGCACUCAGGGCCGGGAGCGGACAAGGCAGCACGGCCCGGCGGCCCCGCAGCGCCGUCGGGAGCCGCGCCGCAGCCCUGGACCGA